AUGGCAAAUCGCCUUUGUCUAACGCUGGCGGCAAUUUGCCUCUUGGCCACCCUGGCCCUGACAAAUGCCUACACUCAUUAUCGUCUACCCACGGCCAUACAACCAGAUCGCUACAAAUUAAAGGUGAUAACCCAUUUGGAAAAUCCUGCCAAUUUAACCUUUAAUGGUCAGGUAUCGAUACGCUUCAAUGUCCUCGAAGAUACCAAUAACAUUACGUUGCAUGUUCAAAAUUUAACUGUCGACGAAUCGAGGAUACAACUUAAAAGCUAUGCCGAUAAGAAAUUCCGCCUGUGCAAGGAGUCGGUGGAUACGGUGGCCGAACAGGAUUACUAUAUUAUACGUUUGUGUCAGACCCUCAAAAAGGGUGAAAUGUAUAAAUUGAAAUUGUAUUUCUCGGGGAUAUUGAGUGAAAAACUGCAUGGCUAUUAUCGAAGUUCGUACGUGGCCAAGGAUACCAAUGAGACGAGAUGGCUCUCGGUUACCCAAUUUGAACCGGCCUCAGCACGUGCAGCCUUCCCCUGUUUCGAUGAGCCCAAUUACAAGGCCAAGUUUAUUAUAUGGCUGGGCCAUCAUAAGUCCUUGACAGCUUUGAGUAAUAUGCCCUUGGAGAAGCAGAUGCCAGUAAAUGGCCUUCCCGAUUUCAUUUGGAGUGUAUUCGAAGAAUCCGUCCCCAUGUCCACCUAUCUGGUAGCCUACACCGUCAAUGAUUUCAUGUACAAAGAAUCCAAAGUUGAGGGUUCCGAUGUUGUAUUCCGUACCUGGUCUCGUGGUGGUUACAUCGAUCAAUGUGAUUAUGCCGCUGAAGUUGGUCCGAAUGUCUUGAAAUAUUACGAAGAAGUAUUUGGUAUCCCCUUCCCCCUCAAGAAGGUCGAUGAAAUUGCCAUACCCGAUUUUAGCGCUGGCGCUAUGGAAAAUUGGGGUCUCAUAACAUAUCGUGAAACGGCAUUGCUUUUCGCACCCAAUGUAUCCUCGGAAUCGAAUAAACAACGUAUUGCCGAAGUUAUUGCCCACGAAUUGGCCCAUCAAUGGUUCGGCAAUUUGGUCACCAUGAAAUGGUGGACUGAUUUGUGGUUGAAUGAAGGUUUCGCCACCUACAUUGCCAGUUUGGGUCUCAAGAACCUCAGCCCUGAAUGGGAUUCCUAUAAUGCCGAUUCUUUGGAUAAUUCCAUAUCGAUAUUCCGUCGUGAUGCCCAGCUCAGCUCUCAUCCCAUAUCGCAGCCGAUAUUGAAUACCAGUCAAAUUGGCGAACGUUUCGAUUCGAUUUCGUAUAAAAAGGGUUCCGCCGUUUUGAGAAUGUUACAUAUGCUGCUCGGUCAGGAUGGUUUCUUUGAGGGGGUGCGUGACUAUCUGAUGAAACAUAAAUACGGCAACGCCGAACAGGAUGAUCUGUGGGCUGCCUUCACCGAAAAGGCACACAAAUUCGAUCGCAUUGAACCGAAAUACGAUAUGAAAGUAAUUAUGGAUUCAUGGACCCUACAGACCGGCUAUCCUUUGGUGAAAAUUAAUCGUAACUACGAGACGGGAGCGAUUGAAAUAACCCAACAUCGGUAUUUGGAAAAUAAUUCGAUUUCCGAUGAAGAGGCCAAGAAAUGUUGGUGGGUGCCGUUGAGUUAUACCACCCCUAAGGAAUUGGAUUUUGAAAAUACCACACCCAAAGUGUGGAUGGAAUGUGAUGAGUCGGGUCGAAGUGUACCAUUGAAAUUGGAAAAUGUUGCUGGUCCUCAGGAAUGGAUUAUUUUCAAUCUGCAGCUGUCGGGUGUUUAUCGUGUUAUGUAUGAUUUUGAAAAUUGGCGGCUGCUGAAUGCCACCCUGAAUAGUGAUAAAUUCAAUACGAUCCACGUGAUGAAUCGUGCCCAUUUGAUCGAUGAUGUUAUAUCGUUCGCUUGGAGUGGUUAUCAUGAUUAUGACAUCACGUUUGAUGUAUUGGAGUAUCUGACGAAGGAACGGGAAUAUUUACCAUGGAAAUCGGCUUUGGAUGGUUUGAGCAAUGUUAUUCGCCUGUUGAGACCGUUCCCCGAACAACAUGACUAUUUUAAGACCUAUUUACGUUACAUCAUCGAACCCAUCUAUAAUCACGUCGAUGGCCUCAAUCAUUCUCUCGAAUCCUCAAAAUCACACUCGGAAAUUCUUCUCAAAUCUUUGGUAACUGGCUGGGCCUGUCGCAUAGAAUUGGAAGAUUGUGUCAAGUCGGCUGUCGCUUAUUUCCAACAAUGGAAAUUAUCGAAAAAUCCCGAUGAUGAAAAUCAAAUUCCUGCCGAUUUAAGACCCACGGUCUAUUGUACCGCUAUCCGCCAUGGUGACAAAGAUGAUUGGCAAUUCUUGUGGCAACGUUAUCGUGCCUCCAAUGUGGCUACCGAAAAGAGAACCAUUAUCGUAUCACUGGGAUGUUCGCGCAACGAAAAGGUCUUGCGGGAUUAUAUCGAUUUGACAUUCGAUAAGGCGGAAUAUAUACGCACCCAGGAUGUAACAUUUGCCUUUAGCUCGAUAGCACGCAGUGAAGUGGGUGCGCCACUUGCCCGAGACUAUUUUGCCGAAAAUCUUGCCGCUCUGCACAAUUUCUUUGGUCCUCAAUCAACGGAUUUGGGUCGCCUACUAUCCUCAAUCUCGAUACAAAUCAUUUCCUCCGAAGACUUCGAGAAAAUCACCCAACUUAUUGAUGCGAACAAGGAAUACUUCAAGAAGGCCGAGAAGAGCGUCCAAUCGGCCUAUGAAACCAUUAAUUUCAAUAUUCAAUGGAUUGGUCGCAACGUUCAAGAUAUGAAAUCUCGUUUGCAUGAUCGCCUGUCUCUUAUGGGUCUACUUGAACGUGUUGCCGUUGAUGCAUAG